AUGGCGACUGAAAGCGCUGCAAUUCAAUCCGCUCUUUCGAUCUCAACGAAGGGUAAUUUUAAGUGGCAUGGUAAAUUUGAGGAUCUUCAAGAAUUUAUCAACGAGCAACUACAAACCCAGACAAAGUGGUCGUCGCCAGGAGGCAACUCAAAGCUUUUCGAGAACGAAGCGGUCAAAAUUAGAUGGUAUGCGAAUACGUCCUCGCUUACUAUUAAAGGAAUUGAUUGUGAACAGCUGAAGGACAAAUUGCGAGCAAUUGCUAGGACAGAGUCUGAUGAAAAUGAUGCUAUAUCGUUGAUCGACAAAAACAACCUCGACAUUGGCAUACAUAAUGAAGUCGAAAGGUCAAUCAUUAUUGAAGGCGAAGACUUCUCAGCUCGUAAACUCAAUUCAAGCUCUCAAGUAAUUGACUUAUCAACGCAACCAAAUCAAAGUUUAAUCUGCAGUGAACUUGUAGAGAAAAUAAAGGAUUUGGAAAUGGACUUUAACAUCAAAAUCAGUGCGUUAACGCAAGAAGUAUCUAGUAUACAAAACAAACGGAAGGCGUAUGCUAACGAGUCGCUCCUCCACGAAAAUCGAGAAUUAAAGGAUGAAAACAAAUCCCUGCUGCAAAAGGUCGCUAACUUGUCCUUCAUAGUAUCCGAUUUAAACACCAAACUUAAAGAAUCUGAAAAUGAAAAACAGUCUUUAGUCACAGUCCUUAAGUUGGUGAAUCUAGACCAAAGUAUCCACGAUCAAAAUUCUCAUGGGACCUGGAAAACGCAGUGCAGAAGCAUGAAUAAAGAUCAGCAUUUGUCUACUCGUAGUCAAGAUAGUGAAGUUGUUACGAGAAACGCGGUUGAUGUCCUGAGUGAUACGGGCGGCAAUGAAACCAACAUUUAUGAUUAUGACGACGAUAGAAGCAAAGUCGAUGACCCCAGCUCUAUAGCUACUUCGCAACGAGAAUCCCAACGAUCGAUCGCAGACAAUGAGUCCUCAAAUAGCAGACCUGCCAACAAGUCAACUAAGCAUCAACAAAAGCGGCAUGCUAAUGGAUCAAGUAAUCAGCACAAUGCAAAAGAUGGCAAAAAGAAAUUAGUCUUUAUUGCCGGGGACUCUAUUGUUCAGAAUGUGCAUGGCUGGGAGAUGUCUAAUACCGACAGAACUGUUGCCGUAAAAUCUUUCUCAGGAAGCAAAGUCAAUGAUAUGCAAGACUAUUUGAAACCAUUGCUUCGUCGCAACCCACAUCAAAUAAUUCUCCACGUUGGUACAAAUGACAUUAAGUCAGAGAAAUCUCCCGACCAGUUGGUAGAAGGUAUUGUGAAAUUAGUUAGUCAAGUGCGAGAAAAAUCUGCACAUAUCAAAGUAGCCAUCUCGGCUCUUACCAUCAGAAAAGAUGGUCAUCUAAUUCAAACAAAAGUUAAUCAAACAAACAAUCUACUUAAUUCAUUCUGCUCAGAUAAUAAUGUUGACUUUAUUAAUCAUACUAACAUAGAUUUAGAUUGUUUAAAUCGUGGAGGUUUGCACUUGAACCGCAAAGGUAGCACGAUAAUGCAAAGAAACUAUAUGGAUUUUUUAAAUUGA